UUGACGAAAGUCAUUCAUUAAGGGAAUAGUAAACGUUGACGAUGAAUAAUCAAUACUUUUGAUCUGAUAUGAAUAUUACCCUUAUCAUAGAUAUUCCCUCAAAAUAAAAACAAUAACAGCAACAGACAAUUAUACAAGCCGGUGUGAAAUAAAUUAAAUUCGUGGGGCCAAUUUUUGCGAAUUGUGGAUAUUUUAUUGUUUCGUUGGGAUGAUUUCGUGGAUAUAGUUUUUAUAAUUAAACAAUUGUGCGUUUCGUUGUGGUUUGAAAUUUAUGGAAUACGUUUACCAACGAAAUCCACGAAAAUUGAGUCCCCAGGAAAUCUAAAGAAUUAAAUCAAAAUAACUGUAAAAGUUUUUAUUACCUAAGCAUAUUAAAAAUUUUACCAAUACCGUAGACUACGAAGAAUAGUUGAUCAACAACAUUGUCUGCGUGAAGCCGAGGAAGUGCUUUAUUAAUGAUCAACGAAUGACUUGCUUAUGAAAGGUGAACAUAACGAACAGUGAUAUGUAACAUGGAAACACUACAUUAGAUUUUUAUAGCUUUGGGUAGCAUAUUGCAGCACUAUAUCUAUAUUUAUUGUACACAUUACACAAUUGUACAUCUCGUUAUGGUUUGAAAUUCAUGGGAUAGGGCUAUGCACGAAAUCCACAAAAAUUGAGUCCCCACGAAAUCUAAUGAAUGAAAGGUGAAGAUAACGAACAGUGAUUAAUUUUAUAACUCCUAUAAGCAAUACAAGAUAGAUAGUUGGACAAACACGAACCCCUGGAUAUACCAGAGGUGGGAUCAGGUGCCCAGGAGGAGCAAGCAUCCCCUACCGACUGGCCACAUCCGCUAUAAACCCCAUAUCUUCAUCGGGCAAACGGAGCCAUUCUCAGCCAAUACCAGUGCUCAAGAACGGUGCAACAACCGGCACGAAACAUCAGACAGCAUUUGACCCAAUGAUAGGUUGUAUUGGCAAACUAGAUCGUUAUAACGACCAUAGAAUUUACGAAAUGCUGAUUUAAAACGAGACUGUUGGAACCCCUGCACCACCAACUUGUUUAUCAGUUUCGAUUUAGAAAAUGAGCAUACGCAGGAUAAGCUCUUGCGUAUCGAAUCAUUUGAAAGAUGUAAACACCAUAUGCAAGUGAAAAUAGAAUAUUGCUACAUAAGUAUGGGAAGUUGACGAUGGAGAAGCUGAAAUCAUCCCGUUUGUAAUAAAAGAGAUCUCUUCGACACCAGAAAGGAAAAGGUUCCUGUGUCCUUUUCAUACUCGACGUGUCUGAAAGCAUGAGAGGAACAGCUUUCAGGGAAAUGAAGACAGCGGUCAUGGACAUUCUGGAUGAGUUUACACAGCAUAGAUCACGCCUUGAUGAAAAUGUUUCUGUAAUAGUCUGUGGACAGGAAACUAAAUUCCUUCACUACUACUCAAACAAAUAUGCUGCAAUAAAACAGAGCAUAGAGGAACUGGAAUGUUCCGGUCCAUCUCCCCUGACUGCCGCCUUCAUGUUGGCUCUUGGUGGAUUAUUCGAAGGAGCAGCUCACAGCUCGAAAGUUGGAAACUUUCUUUUGCAUCCCCGGGUAGUCGUUUUCACUGACGGCAAACUGACAGACUUCUGCAAUUUAGAUGCCAGUGACAGCGAAACGGAUCUCACACCCGAUGCUCAUUUAAUGGCAACCCUCUGUUCACACACCUAUCGAAUAGGAGAAAAUCAUCCGAUUUUCUGUUUUCCAGUCGGAGAAAACCCCAAUUACGCUUUAUUGCAGACAAUAUCGUCGCUGUCUAAUGGAGGAAAAGUGUUGGAGAUUCGUAAAGCAAAGUGUUUUGGACGUUACGUAAUCCAUCAUGAAACAGCGGAUCGUAUUUCCAAGGCAACAAAUGAGAAUAUGAUAGAAAGAGAAAACUUGAGAAUUGUAGCUGAUUUGCUAAUUCCUGAUGAGACGUAUGAUGAAGACGAUUUGGAUAUCAUAUACGAGUUGAUACAGAAUAGGGAGAUGAUUCUCGAAACCCAAAAUAAAAUGGAUGAGGACUCGGAUGACCUCGAUUACAAAGAAAAAUAUUCCACGGUCCCCUGUCUUGGUACAAGAGUUUGCCGUGGCCCCCACUGGAAAUCUCAGAACCAGGACAAUGGGACUAUAGUUGGGCACGGAGAUAAAGCUGGCUCCGUACGAGUGGAAUGGGAUAAUGGGAAUCGGUUUGUUUACAACUACGGAAUAAAUUAUGUAUAUGAUAUUGUGGUUUGUGACGAACCAAGAAAUCCUAUCGACGGAUUUGUUGCUGUUGGAUGUUAUGUAAAGAGAGGCCCUGACUGGAAAUGGGAAGAACAAGACGGCGGGAAGGGUUCUAUAGGAACAGCUUACCGCGUGAUGGAUAACGCCAGCGUUUACGUUCGAUGGCCCUGUGGACGGAUGGGUAACUACAGAUUUGGAUACGACGGAAAAUACGACAUUGAAGUUUGCGACCCGUUUUCCCCGGACGUGAAGAAAGCUGUAACAGAACAACGGCGUACAUCACAAAUGUCUGCUUCACUCCACAACCUUCCUUCAACUGAUUUAAAGGGUGAUUUUGCUACGAAGGGAUCACACUACAAUAGACCAAAUGAGAGCCAUCAAAAUAAAGAACAUAAGGGACCUUCAGCAUGGAUGAAUGAAAAAUCAGAUCUUUGUUCAAAUGAUGUCAAGUUACGUAAUGAAACUAGUAAUGAUUCAACUGAAACUAAAGAUUUCUACAGAUCUGAAUCAAACAUAAGAGCGGACCAAACAUCGAGUACUGAUAGAAAAAAUACGACUGAUUCAAGUUCGGACCUUCAAUCUCCUAUGGAAGUCGAUGACUUACAAACUGAUUCUGUAAGCAAUCUCAGUCCCAAAAAUGAUUUACAGACUCGAAAAGUGGAGCAUUCUGAUACUAGAAGGCCCGUUAGUCCAAAUGAUUUUCAAAAUACAUUGUAUGCCAUAGAAAACAGUUCUCCUGGUGAUAAGCAAGCAUCAGUCUCUGACGUCACUAUGACACCAAACCAAAGAAAAGAAUCGAUGACAAACAAAGAUAUAGGUUCAAAUAUUCCGUCGCUACUCAAAAAUGUUAUCGGUUCUAAAAACAUUUCCACAAAUUAUAGUCGGUGCUGGCAGUGGAGAGACUCCCAUGGCCUCUGGGUAGACUAUCCUGAUCAUGUGAAUGAUUUCAUCAACCACAGACUUCAACAGCGUCCUCAGUCUACGGUUGUCAUUAAUUUUAACGCUCAAAGUUUCAGACUUGUAGCAUCCAGAAUGAUUCAGAUCAACACAGACACAAAGGAGACACACCGAGUUAGAUGGAAGAAUAUGUAGACGCUGUUUCUUACUGUAAAGGAUCAAUACCAGUAGAGGAACAACGAGUCAUUAAACAUAUUGUAGAAUUAUCACUUUAGGGGUGUCAACGAGUCCAGUUUACUAGUUAUGUCCUUUGAUUCUAUAAUAACAAAAUAUUUCAUUUUGCUAUAAAACACAUGGAAUUGUUAGUAUUGUAUUUAUUUUUUAACGGCAAUUGUUAGGAAUUUUUUUUAAGAAAUGAAAAUGAAAACGCAAUUUCUAUGUUAUUAUGAAUAUAUUCUACGGCAUGGAAUGUAAUUCAUUUUUACGAUUUUUCAAUAAAUAAUGGGAAAACUUUAUAUAUAGUUACCGGUUUAUAGGGAGGGGUAGUAUAUUUCAACUUUUGAACAUCAUAGAAAAGUUACAACUCCGUUACUUUUAAAAGAAAUUGUAUAUUUUUAUUUCUUAUGACAAAACUCAGUCACGAAAUAUAUAUCAACCCAUGCAUUCAUAAUUACGUUUGUAUUACGUGUCCUCAGGGAUAUAGGAUACCCCAAAACGAAUUUGUAAUAAAAUUUUGUAAAAUUAU